AUGGGUGUGGAGGACAAGGAAAAUGGUGAAGCGUCACUUUCUCCAGCAAAUAAUGCAUCAGUGACAUCCGAUGAUGUCAGUGCUGCAACAAACGGUGGCUCUGCUUCAAGCGAUGUGGAGUGUAUCGAGAUUGAUGAGGAAGUAAGCGAACCUCCAGCAAAGAAAUUGAAAGGCAAUGACUCUCACGACUCUGAUGUCGCUGUGAUAAACGGAAAAAGCGAAGAGAAACCAUCUCAAAAGGAGGACAAGCACAAAGAGAAAGAGGCAGAACUGACCAGUCCUGGAGCUUUGUUGAACAAGUUAGAAGAAUAUGUUUCCGAUGCUAUCGAUAACAAGAAGAACAUCGAUAGGAAAGUUCUCGAUGCGCUAUUAGGCGCAAUUAAUGUGCAAGUUCAAAAGGAACCGCUCAGUGUACGAAAACUGAUUCUAGACAAGCAGCUUGUACUGCCCAACACGAUCUCAUUCCCACCUAGUUUGACGGUAGACAUGCUUAUCGAGCACGAUCCAGAUCAUCCGCUUUCGAAGCUACACAAUAAUGCUCCGCACAUGACAAAGCUGCUUUUGGACAUAGGACAAGACUUGGUUCAGGAGUCAACCUAUUGCGACAUAGUGCACGCUAGGAAUCUGCCGGAGACUCCAAAGAAUAUUGAAACUUACAAGCAG